AUGGAACCAAAAUACUAUACGGUAGACUCUAAAAAACCAAAACCACAUCCAAGACUGCAAAAUCUAUUAUCUUUUUUCGAGGCGUCAUCGUCCUCAUCAUCUCUGAACGGCGGCGGUGGUGACAGUGCAAAACGUACACCACCCGCUCUACCACCACGUCUUUACCACUCUGCAACAACCUCUGACUUUAACAGCAGUAGCAGUGGUAACAUCGACCAUACCAAUACCAAUAGCAACAACAACAACAACCCAUCGUCUGACCAUCAUAACAAUCUCGAAUUGACAUCGCCACCACCUACACCACCACCACCUAGUAGCACUAUCGGAAGCGGCAGUCCAUCGACACACGACCUCAUGAGUGCACGCACCAUGAUAACCGACCCUGUUGCCGUGCAGAUGCUCGACAAGCUUAAUCGCGAGCUCCAACAGGAGCGAUCGGCACAUCUUCAGUCACGAAACCGCAUUCGUGUGCUCGAAGAGGAGAACCGUCAGAUACGCGAACAAAACUCGCGUCUCCAAAGUCGACUUUCCAAGGUUUGGCAACACUAUAACAGCUUCCAGAAAGUCAUGGCCGAAACAUACAAUAGCAACAGCAACAACAACAGUAAUUUCGAUUCACAGAGUGACUAUUCAGUGUCACCACCACUACAUAGCAGUAAUGGUAGCAAUAGCUUCAACAACAACAACAGCAGCAACAACAUCAACAACAGUAACAACAGCAGUAGCAGUGGAAUCUAUCAAGUUGCCAGACCACUCGGUGGAUUCAACCAACCUCACACACGUUCGAAAUCAAACACUGUUAGCGGUGACUACAAACACUUUACCAACUCACUACUACAGAAUGGUUCAGUCAAUUCCAACAGUUCAUUCUUAUUAAACAAUAGUAAUGGUAGUGUUAAUAAUGCUACUAACAAUGGCAACAACAACAACAACAACAACAACAGUAACAAUGGUGGUAAUGCUAUUAACAAUGGUAAUAGCUCCACUAGAAGUAAAUCGAUGAGUGUCAGCCAUAUGAGUUUGUCUGGAGGAUCACCACCCAAUUCACAACUUCUCAACACAAGCACUGGCUAUCUUCAAGAGUUGGUCGAUCAGAACUCGACUGUUGGUGACGACGCCUCACAGUCACAUUUCACCGAGGAUGACUACGCCCGUAUGCUCGACAAACGUAGAGGUAUCGCCUACCAGAUACUCAAGACCGAGAAGGAGUACGCAUCGCAUCUACAACUGAUCGUCGAAGAGUUUUUGAACCCAAUGCGUAUCGAGAGCUACCAAUCUUCGAACCCAUUCGUCACUACACUCCACGUCAAACAACUGUUUGGUGACGUCGAAGUUAUCCUUGGUUCAUCUGGUCUACUCAUUGAGGAUCUAGAGAAAGUACUAAACAACACUUCCAACCUUGGUUUAGGUGAAGUUUUCUUAAAGAUUUGUGAUUACUUUAAAUUAUAUUCACCAUAUGUAAAGAACUAUUAUUCAUCGAUAUCGAUACUUAACAAAUUGAAAGAAGAGAGUCAUAAAUUCCAAGCAUUCAUACAUGAAAAAGAACAAAAGUUAGAAUCAACCAACUUUACAGAUUUAGGUAGUUUAUUAGUUUUACCAUUGUCACGUAUCGGUCAAUACACUCCAAUGCUCUUUGAAAUGUAUAUGAGUACACCAAAAUCACAUGCAGAUUUUGAUUUGUUUAAGAAUGCUGUAUCAAAGAUGAAAUCAAUUGUAGAUUAUGUUAAAGAGAAAUCAAGAGAAUAUGAGAGCCAAAAUAAAGUUAGAAUCAUUCAAAAUCUAUUGAUUGGUAAAUUCAAUAAUCUUAAUGAACCACAUAGAAGAUAUGUAAGAGAAGGUUUGUUAACAGAGAUAUUGGCAAGAAACUCUGGUAAUCAAUUACAUUGUUUCUUGUUUAACGAUAUGUUCUUGGUAUCCUCACCGAUCGUUAAGAAACAACAAACUCACUAUGUGUUCAAGAAGGAUAUAAGAUUGGCGGAAGCCGAGGUGACUAUCGUGUCGGACCAAGACGAGAAACCACUCUUCCAAAUAUCGUUCACUUCUCAACUCUCGCAAUCUGGUUCAGACUCACCAAGUUCAAAUAUCACCGCCAACUCGGUGCUGAACGGCAUCAUCAACGGUGGUCCGAUCAGCGGUGGUGGCUCAUCGAGCGGAGCCGACAACGAGUCGCGCGAAACCCUUACAUUUUGCGCGGAUAGUGUGCGCGACCGUGAGGAAUGGGUGCAGGCACUGGCGCACUACAUCUCACAGGAGAAAAAGAAACAGGCGAAUCGUCGUCCCGAGGAAUCGACCAUUGAGAAUCGCGGCGGUGAGAUCGACUUUAAGAACAGCGAUAUCCAGUUGUGCGAGCAGAUCGGUAGCGGUGGCAGUGGAUGCACCGUGCAUCGUUGCACCGUCGACGGAUUCACCUGUGCCGUCAAAGUACUGAAACUCAAGAACACUCAAUCGUUCCUCAUCGACCAAUUCGUAUCGGAGAUCAACAUUAUGGAGCAGCUCAAUCACCAGAACAUCGCCAAACAUCAUCUCGAAGCGCAAUGCGCCGUUCCCCACGACCGAAGUGAUCUGGAUGGCGCUGGAAAUCGCCAAGGGUCUCGAGUUUUUGCACAACCAGAAGCCGCCCAUCAUCCAUCGUGA